GCUCCUUGCAUCUGGAAGCUCCCAGGGAGCACCGUUUCCGCAGCCUGGGAACAGGCCUUGUGGGGGGAGAGGGUGGUCCCAGAGCCUGGUCACUGUCGGCCUUAUGGCCUGACCAGCCUGGGCCCCCAGUGUCCCUAUGCCUGAGCCCCAGGACACCCGGGGCAUGUGGCCCUGGGUCCCCUCAUGCGCGUGCUGGAGCCAAGGAAUCUGGACGAAGCCGACGCACACCGUGGUCAACUGCUGGUUCUGCAAUCAGGACACAGUGGUGCCCUACGGGAACCGCAACUGCUGGGACUGUCCCCACUGCGAGCAGUACAACGGCUUCCAGGAGAAUGGCGACUACAACAAGCCAAUUCCCGCCCAGUACAUGGAGCACCUGAACCACGUGGUGAGCGGCGCGCCCAGCCCCUGUGUCGCCACACAGCCCCAGCAGUGGGUGAGCAGCCAGGUGCUGCUGUGUCGGAGGUGCAGCCACCACCAGACCACCAAGAUCAAGCAGCUGGCCGCCUUCGCGCCACGCGACGAGGCCAGGUACGACGAGGAGAUCGAGGUGUACCGGCACCACCUGGAGCAGAUGUACAAGCUGUGCCGGCCGUGCCAGGCAGCCGUCGAGCACUAUAUCAAGCACCAGAACCGCCAGCUGCGCGCCCUGCUGCUCAGCCACCAGUUCAAGCGCCGGGAGGCGGACCAGAGCCAUACACAGAGCAUCUGCUCCUCCGCGAUGAAGGCCCCGGUCCAGGUCAUCGUGCUGCGCGCCCUCACCUUCCUGCUCUGUGCCUUCCUGCUGGCCACCGCACUGUAUGGCACGAGUGACCCCUUUGCCCCUGGGGUCACCCUGCCCCCAGCUUUGCCACCUGGCGGCAAUGGCUCGGCCACUCCGGACAACAGCACUGCCCCUGGGGCUGAGGGCUGGCGGCAGCUGCUGGGCCUGCUGCCCGAACACAUGACAGAGAAGCUGCGUGCGACCUGGGCCUUCGGGCAGAGCCACCAGACGGGCGUCGUAGCUCUGGGCCUGCUCACCUGCCUGUUGGCCAUGCUGCUAGCUGGCCGUAUCAGGCUCCGGAGGAUUGACGCCUUCUCCACCUGCUUGUGGGCCGUGCUGCUGGGGCUGCACCUGGCCGAGCAGUACCUGCAGGCUGCCUCACCCAACUGGCUGGACACACUCAAAUUCAGCACCAUGUCCCUGUGCUGCCUGGUGGGCUUCACGGCAGCCGUGGCCACGAGGAAGACGACGGGCCCACGGAGGUUCCGGCCCCGAAGGUACUUCCCAGGAGACUCUGCUGGCCUCUUCCCCGCUCGCCCCAGCCUGGCCAUCCCCUGCCCGAGUGUCACAGGCUCCUCACCAUCUCUGUUCAUCCCCGCCCCACCCGGCUUCCUGCCACUCGCCAACCAGCAGCUGUUCCGGUCUCCGCGCCGGGCCUCGCCCUCCUCGCUGCCAAGCCACCUCAGCCGGGCCCUCUCGCUGGGAACCAUACCAUCUCUGACUCGAGCAGACUCAGGCUAUCUGUUCAGUGGGAGUCGCCCACCUUCUCAGGUGUCUCGAUCUAGGGAGGUUCCUGUUUCAGAUUACUUCUCUCUGCUGUCGGGGAGCUGCCCCUCCCCUCUCCCCUCCCCGGCGCCCUCCGUGGCUGGCUCGGUGGCCUCCAGCUCUGGCUCUCUGCACCACCGCAGGCCCCUCAUCAGCCCUGCCCGGCUCAACCUGAAGGGGCAAAAGCUGCUGCUGUUCCCGUCGUCCCCCGGGGAAGCCCCCAGCACCCCCAGCAGCUCAGACGAACACUCGCCCCACAACAGCAGCCUCUUCACCAUCGAGCCACCCCAGGUCACGCAGAGGCAGCUGGCGCAGGACCUGAAGCACACUGUGGACAUGAGGUCAAUGCCGGAAAGAGGCAGCGCUUGCAGCAGCCGCUUCAUCAAGAAAGAGGACGACUCGUCCCAGUCGUCCACCUGUGUGGUGGACACCACGACCAGAGGCUGCUCAGACGAGCCCGCCGCCUGGAGAGGUCGUUUUGGCCCCUUCCUGGUCUGGGGCCUCCUGGCUGUGAGCUUGACCGCCAACGCCCUCUUCACCUCUGCCUACCUGUACCAGAGUCUGCGCUGACCCACGGUCCUCAGCCUCCCAGCACCCAGAGAGUCCGUAGGGUGCGCCCAGGUGCAUGCGUCUGCCACCACUGCCGGCCUCAGAGUCCUCCCUAAGGGGCUGCUGCCUCCACCCUCUUCUCCAGGGCCCUUGACCCGCCAGGUUGAGUCCCAUCCUCAGGACACCGUCUCCUCACCUAGCAGACUGCAGGGCUGAGCGUCGUCUCAGAUCACACUCCUCUCCACCCGUCUCCUCGGCUGACAUCACUUGUGUUUGGUGCUGCCUCGACGCCAGGGAUCUCCAAGGGGCUGCACAGCCCUGGGGCCCCUCCCCACGGUCCAGCCCUGCCUGGCAGGAACACCACUACUGUAACCGCAGCCAGAGCCGGCUGCCUCCUGACCCCAAGCCGGGAGUUGUGAUCACAUCUUAGUACUGUAGUCCCCUGUCCCACCAGGCCAUCUCAGGGUCCCUGGGGAGGCAGGAGGGACAGUCCCUGUGUCACCCAUCGUCGACCCCGCCCGGUGGGAAACAGUCCCCUUUUGGGCAGGCCCUUGAGGAUGGGCAUCCUCUGCCCCGUCUUACCCCUUCCUGUUGGCUUCACGCCAGGCCCACCCUCUGGCUCUCCCAGGUGGACAGGUGGGGGCCUGGCGCUCCCAGCCCAGGGCUCAGAAUUCCUGGGUCUCAUGGGCCCAGCCGGGCCUUCAGGACUAGUGUAAGCACCAGUGCGCCCCUCUUGUUACCACUGGUGACCUUAGGCAGCACACACGACCCAGGGCCCGCCCGGCCCCGUUUCUAGGCCCUGCGUCACAUGCUGCCCACCAGGACCUUGCUGGACCUCGGCCUGCGUUGUGCUGCGGGGCUGCCGGGCAGCCUGCAGGUCAUAGAUGAGACUGGGCCCCGCCCUCCUUGUGAACCUGGCUCCGUUCAGCCACUGAGACCCCACGUACCUCCCUUUCAUUCUGCUGUCACCGCAGGCUUAGUGUGACCUCUUGUCUUCAGGUCACCGUGACUGGCUUUCCUGUGCCACUCCCCCUGGUCCCUGCCACUGCCCUUCGGACCGCUCUCCAACGGCUACUGCAGGGUUGCCCUCCCCACCCCUGCCCUGGUGCCGGGGUCCCGUCCUGCCCCACGAGGAGGAAGGAGGAACCUCAGCCUGGCACAGGGACCUCCCCAGUGCCGUGAGGAAUGACUGUGUGUGCCUGUAGGUGUCAGCACCCCCAAUCCCCACUGCCCUGGGCCGUGGGCACAGGUGCGGGGCAGUGCGUGCGUGUGUGCGCGUGCGUGCGUGUGUGUGUGUGUGUACGUGCUUGUGCCACUUGGGGAGGAACUGGCUGCCUCUGUGAAUUCUGAGACUGGGGGCGGGGGGAGGGUCAUGAGGGCAGGAGGAAGGGUCUUCACUAUCAUUCAGGGAUAAAGUUUAAUUUUAUUUUUCUACACAUUUUCGCCAGGUAAGGCAUUUUGCUGAUAAGCAGGAUGCCCCCAAUUCUCCCUGCCAGGGAGGUUUAGUUUUUUUAAGCUUUGGGUGCUUUUUUAGUAAUUUUUUUUACCAUGUGGGGAAGGAGAUUGCUCUGACUUCCCCCUCUCUCCUUUCCCCCCACUCUUGUCCUGAGAGCUACUGUUUCCUGUCCCGUCCCGUCCCCCCAGAACAUUAACCUGGCCCCACACUGAGCCAGGAGUCUGGGAAUUGGGGGCCAGGGACCGCACCAGGACCCUGAGCCCAACUGCCAGAGGUGGUUCCAACUCGGAGAUGGUGUCUCUUGGCCCCCAUUUAUAUUGUGGGCAUGUCCGUUGACUUUAUUUUAUUUUUUGUCUAACAGCCAAACUCCAUUCCCAAAUACAGUUCUCUCUGAGGAAGCCCCAACACAGCCCACCCCUCUCUCCCUCUCAAGGCUUGGGCCAGGCUGGGCGGGGAGGGGUUUGCCUGUUUUCUUUCAAACAAAAAACACAACCUUAUUUUUCUUUACAAAAGCAAAAAAAAAGGAAACCAAAAAAAGAUACCAACCUUUGAACUAUA